CCCUUUUUCUCUUAUUCACCUUCAAACCCCCCUUCUGUUGUAAUAUCUUUCUAAGUAACCUUGGGUUUCACUUUCAUGGCAAUCCAAGGAUCUAGCUUUUGCUACAACGUAAAUGUUAAUUGCAUGCUAUGUUCAAGCUCUAAUUGUUUUAAGAGUCGUCGUUUCCUUUUGUCACCACUUCCGAUUCCAAAGCCAUGUUUUGUGGUUUUAGCUAAGGCUUACAGAGGAAACAAGAUCCAGUUUUUUCCGGGUCAGUGUGUCUCCAAGUUGCCAAAUGGAAGACCUCCACCCUUCAGACCAAAUCUGCAUAUACUACCGUCGAUGCCUUUUCAAGCCAAACGUGAUGACAUUGAGGGUAAUCUAAGUGCUGAAAGCAUCAUAUCAGGUGAACAGACCUUGCAGAGGGACCUACAGAUUGCCAUUGAGCAAGAAAACUAUGCUGAAGCAGCAAAAAUCAGGGAUGACCUCCGAGUCCUAUAUGAGGACAGUAAGGCUUCAGUACUGGCAGCAAAUUCUCGGUUUUACGAUGCUUUUAGGAGAGGGGAUUUAGCCACGAUGCAGAACCUUUGGGCGAAAGGAGAUGAUGUUUGUUGUGUGCACCCAGCUGCAAAUGGGAUAUCCGGUUAUGAUUUCGUAAUGGAAAGCUGGGAGAUUGUGUGGAUGAACUAUGAAUUUCCCCUAGAGAUAGAACUGAAAAAUGUCCGGGUUCAUGUUAAAGGAGAUUCCGGGUAUGUUACAUGCAUGGAAUUCGUCAAGACGACAAAAGGUAACAAUUGGGGAGCGCAGUUCGUAACAAACGUGUUUGAAAGGAUCAACGGCCAAUGGUACAUAUGCAUUCACCAUGCUUCCCAAGCUGACAUUUGAAAGCAUAGUUCACUAUAUCAGCAUGCUUAUGUAUAUUCUUUUCGGUUUUUAUUCCUUUUCGGAGUCUGGUUUGCUCCCAUCAAUAUGAUUGGAUGUUCUAUUAAAUCAUAUCAUUCCUU